CCCUGGAUGAAGAAUGGGUCCGAGAUCCCCCGGAUGUGAAAGAGUCGAUUCUCCAUCAUCCAAUGUCGGAUGCAGGCUCUUCUUUUGGCAGCCCUUGUAUCAUGCCAGAAACAGGACAUGACGGCGUCCAGAUGGACACGGCAGCCAGAGCACGCCCCGCGGUCCAAGAACCUCCGCAAGACGCGCAAAGAAGGCGUGCUGGUGGUCGGAGCUGCCAUCGUCAUCGGCAAGAGUGGCCACUGCCAGGUGGGUUCGCCGAUGUCCCUGAACGCCGGCCCGGAGGUUGCGCGCGGCAACCUGAGACAGGCUGCUUGGCUUUUGGACACAGCUGUCCAGCAGCGGCAGGCAGUGAAUGCUCACGUGUAUAGCAAUCUCAUCAAGACCUUUGCCGGGCGUUCCGAGAUGCGGGAGGCAGUUGCGUGGCUCAAUCAGGCAAGGGCUUCCAACAUCAGCCUCGAUUCCGAGGUGUACGCAGCUGUGACUCCCAACUUGGUCCGCCGAGAUGUGGCCCCCAGAGAUUCCAUUGCGCGGGCAGGCCCACGAGACUGGUGGAGUCAUGUUCGUAAGAUGCGUUACGAAGGCUUUUGGGAAGGCACUAUGCCGUCGCAGAGGGUGCUUCACUGGUUGCAGUAUGCCUUUCAAUCUAAGCCGUUGCCGGAGCUUGAUGCUGUCCAGGAUGCCAUUCGCAGUUUGCAGAGGGCCGACAAGCCCGACUUGGCCGCGAAGUGGCUGCGCAAAGCCAGCGACUUGCGUUUGCAUGCACAGGCAAGCCUCUUCCGCAGCGUCAUCAUGCAGUGCUGCGCUUCGAAGCUGGACACGGUCGCAGAGGACAUGCUGGAGACGAUGGUUUCCAUUGGACUCACCCCCACGAGUGAUAUCUACCGCGCCCUCUGUACAUCCAAGGCGAUUCUCAACAAAGAAGCUGAAGUCGAGCAUUGUCUAUCUCUCCUUGAGGACAGGGAGAAGGACCUGGCACCUUUCUGUUUGAUGUCAUGCAAUCACGCGGAAGAAGGCAAUCAUCGCAACGCAGAGGCCUGGUUGGAACGAGCCCAUGGGGCGAGCUUGGAGCCAGAUCUGCAGUGCUACAACAAGGUCCUGGCAGCACAUGUGCGAUCACCUAAGGGCUGUGCCACAAAGUGGCAAUUGCCCAAGUUCCGAGCAGCAGCUGCCUGCAGGUGCUUGCAGCAGAUGCAGAGGAAGGCUGUCCAGCCCGACUCAGUCUCAUACAGGCAUGUGAUCCGCGGCCUUGCCCGAGCGGGGGAAUCCAGGACCAGCAUCGACUACAUGGAGGCCAUGAUGCAACGGAAACUGGCUCCUGAUCUUCAGAGCUAUAACUCCUUGCUUCACUGCCUCAUGCGGAAGAAGGAAGUUGCACUGGGAACGGAAUGGCUGCAGAGGAUGUUAGAUACUGGUGUUGCAGCAGACGAGGUCAGCUUUCAUGCGGUGCUUCGAUCCAACUUGGCAGUGGGCCAAUUCGCUGAGGCUGAGGAGUGGCUGAAGAAAAUGAUCGCUUUCCAAGUCACACCAGGGAGGCUUGAGUACAAUGAGUUGAUCGAGCACUAUAGCAAGCUUGGCAAUGUGGAGAAGGCAUACUUCUUGCUGACGUUGAUGAAGGCCACACCUCCGUCGUUGCCUGAUGCAGUGACGUUCCAGCAUCUCAUCACUGCUGCCAACGAUGAGAAUCUGGUUGACAAGUUGCUGAGCGAAAUGCGCAGCGUGGCUCUUUCGCCAGAUGUCAUUACCUACACUAGCCUUGUCCAAAACUGCGCCAGUCAAGGUGCAAUCGAGCAAGCCUCUAGAUGGCUGGAACGUAUGGUUGCUGAUACGCUCCAGCCAAACGUGCUGGCCUUCAACGUUUUGAUUGCGUCCUGCGCAAGGCAAAGUGAACGCAGCGAAAAGCCGGACAAAGUUUCUGGACUUCUCGCAGCUGAGCAGUGGCUCGAAAGACUCUGCAACAGCAAGUGCAGGCCAGAUGUGAUGUCGUACAUGCCGCUUUUAAGUGGUUAUGCCAGAUGUGGCGCACCAGAAAAAGUCUUGGAAUAUUUGAAGAAGAUGCUCAACUCUAGCGUGCUCCAGCUCAGAUAGUUCUCCGCCAGGAUCCGGAUCGCAAAUUCGUCUUGGUAGCAUUUUUCCACAGCUUGAAGAUGAACAUCUCGGAAUUUGGAAGCAAGGAUUUUUAUGGAUUUUUAGACUGUGAGUAAAGCACAACAAUGGGUGGUGUUUGGGAUUGGGCAGGUCGAGCCGGAUCAGAAAACUUGGCUGGUUUGCUCGCAGGUGAAUGAAGGAGUCCUGGACUCAGAGCCUUGGUUUUUGCUCGGGUAUCAUCAAACAUUGCGCAGGCUGCGAAAUCCCCCAUUUUUUGUAAAUUGACAAAUCAUGGAAAUACACGGGUGAUGUUCCAUUGCCUAUAUCAAAAAUUGCCAGAGGAUAUAGGAAAUUCAUGGAAAUUGAUGGAAAUUGAUGAAAAUUGUAUUCCUUCAUAGAUUAAACAUAUUACACAUUAAUCGCAGAAAUUGAUUUGAACACUUCUGAGGAACAUAUUCCAGGAAAUUCCACGGCGAAGGCCAUCCAAGAAUUGAUUGACUUGCGAGACAACAAAA